AUGUUGCCUCUCUCCCCGGUGCUGCUCCUCGUCCUCCGCUCUGCGCUCUUCGUGGCCACAGAAGGCGUGGGAAACCUGCAGGGUUUCGCCUUGCCUGACCCGUGCAUGGUGGUGUCUCCUCCUUGUAUGAGCGAGGCGGACCGCUACAGCCUGGAGGCCCUACGGAACAUCCACCAGAUGAUGGACGAUGACCAGGAUGGAGGGAUUGAGGUGGAGGAGAGUGUUGAGUUUAUUAUUGAGGACAUGAAGCAGCAGCAGACCAAUAAACACAGCAACUUGCACAGAGAAGACCAACAUAUCACUGUAGAGGAGCUCUGGAGGGGAUGGAAGUCAUCUGAAGUUCAUAACUGGACUCAAGACGAUGUGCUUCGCUGGCUGAAGGACUUUGUUGAGUUGCCUCAGUAUGAGAGAAACUUUAAAGACUUUAAAGUGAAUGGAAACACCCUCCCCAGGAUUGCAGCCAAUGAGCCUUCAUUCCUAAGUGGCCAUCUGAGGGUUCAGGACCAGAGAGACAAACAGAAGCUCAAUAUCAAAGCUCUGGAUGUGGUGUUGUUUGGACCACCAACCCGUCCUCCUCAUAACUACAUGAAAGACCUGCUGCUAAUUGUUUCGGUGGUGAUGGGAAUUGGAGGCUGCUGGUUUGCUCAGGUCCAGAACAAAGCUAGCAAGAUCCACAUUGCCAAGAUGAUGAAAGACCUGGAGAGUCUUCAGAGAGCUGAGCAGAGCCUCAGAGAACUACAGGAACAACUAGAGCGAGCCCAGGAAGAAAAGCGAAAUGUGGCCGAGGAGAAACAGAGUCUGGAGGAGAAGAUGAGAGAUGAGAUCAUGGGGGCGCAGGAGGAGGCCCACCGUCUGCACGAGCUGAGGCAGGGGGCUGUCAGUGAACUCAGCCGCCUCCGAUAUGCAGAAGAAGAGCUGGAGCAGAUUCGUGGAGCACUCAAGCAGGCAGAGAAAGACAUGCAGGCUAGCUGGUCUGCCUCAGAGGUCCUCCAACUGUGGUUGCAACUGACCCAUGAGGUGGAGGUCCAGUACUACAAUGUCAAGAAGCAGAGUGCAGAACUACAGCUUGCCAUUGCCAAGGAAGAGGCAGAGAAGAUUAAGAAGAAGAGGAGUUCUGUGCUGGGGACUCUCCAUGUGGCUCACAGCUCUUCUCUAGACCAGGUUGAUCACAAGAUCCUUGAGGCAAAGAAUGCCUUGUCUGAGGUGACAGCUUGUCUACGGGAGCGCCUUCACCGCUGGCAGCAGAUUGAGCGUCUGUGUGGCUUCCCCAUCCUGAAGAAUGCUGGCCUGGCAAACCUCACUGCUAAACUCUACACAGACCCCAGUGUCCUGGGAAUUCCCAGAGCUCCUCACCAACCCUGCUCAUGCCACAGUUCGGUCCAUGGGUCAGUGGAGGAUCUGAUAGAAGACCCUGCUUCGUCAGUUAUAUCACAGAUACCAGUGGUUACUUUUGUUCUUUCCCCAGUUCCACCAAUGAAGCGCUCUCCUCGGUCUCGGGGUUCCACCAUAUGUCGUUCACGUCGUACUGGGGUUAUUACUCAGCCUACAGCCUCUGUGAUCUCAUCAGACCCUGACCUCCUUAUCCCCAUCCAUGCACCAUUCCCUUGCUUUGAGGAGGAGAAAGAGCUCUUCCACACACCCCAGAAGAGACAAGACUCCCAGGAGAUAUUCCCAGACACAGAUUACAUGACUCCACCUACUCUUAGCAGAAUAUUUCCUAGUUCCUCCACCAUCGACGCAUCAUCUUGCAAAAUAUAUCGUGAUGAAAUGGAGCUAUUUGACAACGCCAUUAGAAAGCCCUCCAGUAAAGAACUGGAAGCCUCUAUUGAAUCUCCAGUCCGCAAAAUCUCUGUGGAAGAACAAGAAGCUUCUGCAGAUGUUGUCAGUACAAAGAUUUUAAAAGAAAAAGUACUGGAUAAUUGUGUGGAAAAUCUUGAGGACACUGAGUCUUUGACAGAUGCUCCUUCAAGGAAGAUGUCCAGAGAAAGAAAUGAGGUUUCAGUGGAGGCUCCAGCUAGAAAGGGGCAUUACAAAGAGUUGGAAGCCGCAGCAGAGUUUGCAGCAAGACAAAUAGAGACAAAUACAGUGGGGGUUUUGAUGGACCCUUCCUCAAGGAAUUUAUACAGAGAUCGAAGUGAUUUACCACUGGAUGUUACAGCUAGGAAAAUUCUUUGGGAUGAAUUAGAUACUUCAACAGAUGUUGCAACCAGGAAGAUAUCAAGAGAUAUGAUGGGGGGUUCAAUGGACUGCACAUCAAGAAAGAUAAUACGAGAGGAGAUGGAGCUUCCGUUUGACUCAGUAUCCAGGAAGAUUUCCAGGGAUUUAAUGGGAAUGUCUCUGGAUACAGGUUCUAGAAAGAUAACCAGGGAUAAAGGAGAGUAUCAGCUUGAUUCCUCUGUGAAAGCAAUUCCAAGGGACAAAGUAGCCGAUACUGCUGGAGCAGUGACAAGAAAGAUUUCUAGAGAUGAGCCAGAGUAUUCUACUGAUAGUCCCUCAAGAAAGAUGCUACCAAGAGAGACAAUGGAAGCACUGAUAGAUACCUCCUCCUGUAAGGUGUCAAGAGAAAAACAGGAAUUUGGAUCAGAAACUUUAGCAAAUAGGAGAACACUGAGAGAUGAACUCAAGAUGUCUGCUGGCUCUUUUAGAAAAAGAAUACCAAGAGACAAGACUGUCAGUUCCAUAGACAUACCCACAGCAAAGAUAUCCUGGGAUAGAGUUGAUGCUGCCAUGGAAACACAGAAACAAACAAUACUCAGGGAUGAGUAUGCAUCUGAAUCAAGUUUAACUCCAGGUCGGAUUGGACAGCCAGACCUAACCAUAACCUCCCUUGUGCCAUGGAAACCAUCAUCAGACCUUUUCCCUACUGGUCCUUUAAGCCAGCUCGUGUAUGAUGGAAUCCUAGAGAAGUCCUACACCUCAGCAGCUGCAAACCCAACCACCCGCAGUGACCUCUCUAUCUCAACACCCAACUUGACACACGGCAGGUUUCUAGGAGAGACAGAGCCGCCAGUACCACCACCAAGGGUCACUGCCCCAUCUUCAACUGCAUCACCCCCUGAAUGUGGAGAUGAAAAGAACAAAGACAAAGAGAAGGGGAAAAAAUCCUUAAAGCUCAAGAACCUUUUUAAAAAGAAAAAAGAAUCAACUUCAGAGAGGCUUGAAAGUGGCCUUCAGAAGCUCUGA